AUGCCGAAAGCAAGCUACACCGUCCAUCCUCAAGUGUUUCAGUGGUUUGGAAACGUUAAGUAUCCUUACGGGUAUGCAGGGAAUAUCGCUCAAUGUGUUAAGAUGGGGGAAAAUAAGAUUAGUGGGUUGAAGACUCAUGACUGUCAUGUUUUGCUGCAACGUCUUCUUCCCGUGGUCAUUAGAACGUAUUUGCAGAGUGAUGUGGUUGACACGUUAGUGGUUUUGUCAAAGUUCUUUCAGAGGAUAUGCGCUAAAGAGCUUAAAAAAUCUGACGUUCGGUCAUUGCAAGAAGACAUCGUGUACAUCAUGUGCAAGCUGGAGAGGAUCUUUCCCCCAGCUUUCUUUGACAUCAUGAUUCACCUCAUGAUCCACUUUCCCGAACAAGUAUUGCUUACUGGUCCGGUACAGUAUACCUGGUGCUAUCCAAAUGAGAGCGCAUAUCUUAAUGAUAAAGACACAGUAGGGGAAUCAUCUGGAGCAGGUAGUAGCCAGCAAUUCAAUCUAUCAGUUGUUUCCAACGAUGUUCAACCGUAUGGCAGGCUAAGUAAUUCUGAAAGAUUAAGUGAUGCUGAGAUCAAAGAGGCUCAUUGGUGUGUCCUUCAACAUUGCGAAGAAGCCAAGCGGUACUUCAAGUCCUAUUUACUAAGGCAGAAUGGUAACGAAGCCAUACAUAAGAGAGAUUUUCCUGAUUACUUCCCUAUUUGGUUGCACUCGUUGGCUGAAGGACCCCAAAGCCACGGAGUUCAUGCUGGAUGUUUUGUGAACGGUGUUAAGUUUGUGACGUCAGAACGAGAUGAAGGCCAUGUCACCCAAAACAAUGGAGUCAUGGUCGAGGGUUUGGGUUUCAACUACUACGGGGUUCUUAUCAGUGUCAUCGAACUAAUCUAUGGUAAGGGUAUGCCUGUUGUGUUGUUCAAGUGCAAAUGGUUCAAUACUGACCCAACCAGACGGAGGAGUACAAUUCUGGAUCAUGGCUUGUUAUCAGUAGAUUCAAACAGUGUAUGGUAUGAGAAUGAGCCGUUUAUUCUUGUCACCAUGGCGAAACAAGUGUUUUAUCUUGAUGAUCCGGCUAUGGGUGAGGGUUGGAAAGUGGUGCAGGUGAUGUCACAUAGGAAUAUUUGGAGUGCAGCUACACUAGGAGGGGAGGAUGAUGAGAGUGGGCCCAGUUACCUUCCAAUUACACCAUCUGAACUGAACUCGCUACAACGUCGCAACCCCGACCCCAAUCAUGAUGACGACGGCUUCAUAGAUGACGAAUACAUAGAGGAUGAUGAGUAUUCUGACCAAACUAAGGAGGAUGAUGAUUCGGACGACUCAGAUUAUCAUGAGUACGAUUAA